GACUUUCUUCAAUUCAAAUUCAAAGGGCUGUAAUGAAGCAUAUAUGAAUGGUUGAAUGUCAACUCUCAUCCAAAGGGCAGGAGGGUGGACGCGGCAGAGGCUGUGAUUCCCAGAACGUGCUUUGAACUCGCGUUGUGGGGCGCUUGGCAGCGACAUCUCCACCGGAUAAACCAACCUCCUCCAAAUUUAGUGCGGUAGGUGUAAUUAGCAAAACCACCCAAAGCCAAUUUUAAAUAUGGGAGUAAUGGCUGAUGUUAAAAGCAGCUGUCAUUUAUCGUGGUAGAAGCAGCAGUAUCAGCAGUGAAAGAGUCCCAGUACAAGAAAGUAGCGGUAGUGAGAGAGAGAGAGAGAGAGAGAGAGAGUAAUGAAGGAAGCACAAACAACAUAGUUGAUGGACAGGUACAUCAUCAAAGCGGGGGGUGAAAGUUCAGUUUGUUGUUCAGAUCUUCUUGGCUUUGGUUCUCUUUAUUAGAUCCCACUUGCUGGAUUCCUCCCGGUGACUAUGACCCCGCCCUCCGGUGGUCGACCCAUCAGUUGGGUCAGAAGAAUUCACCGUUUGAGACCCUUUUAAGGUCAGUAUAUUUUCUCUCGAUUUUUUAUGCAGGGCUUUGAAAUGAAUGAACUAUUUGUCAUUUGGGUACUGUUGGUUGACAUACGAUUGCGUUUGGUACUUGUGAGCUGAGUGGAACUUCUGUUUUCUGGCACAAAUUGAGGAACCUUUGGGGUUUCGAAGUUUUUGAGAGAUUCUUCUUGUGAUUGCUUGGCAUAGGAGGCAUGUAUAAGAAUCAGUUGCAAGAAUUAGCUCAGAGAAGCUGCUUCAACUUGCCAUCUUAUGCCUGUAUACGAGAAGGACCGGACCAUGCCCCUCGCUUCAAAGCCACAGUUAAUUUCAAUGGGGAAAUAUUUGAGAGCCCCACCUUCUGCAAUACUCUGCGACAGGCUGAACAUGCAGCAGCUGAGGUUGCACUUAAUGUGCUUUCAAAGAAAGGCCCCUCUAAAGCACUAGCUGCUAGAGUUUUGGAUGAAACUGGAGUUUACAAGAACCUGCUUCAAGAAACAGCUCAUAGAGCUGGGUUGAAACUUCCAGUUUAUACUACUGUUCGCUCUGGACCUGGCCAUGUUCCUGUUUUCUCUUGCACAGUGGAGCUUGCUGGAAUGAGUUUUACAGGAGAAGCAGCUAAAACCAAGAAGCAAGCUCAGAAAAAUGCAGCAAUGGCUGCUUGGUCUGCCUUGAAACAAUUGUCACGGUCAGGCUCUCCAUCAUCUUCCUCUUCUUCAGCAGAGUCUGUAAGCAAUGAUGAGCAAGAACAAGUCAUUGUUGCUCGUUAUCUUUCUAGUCUAAAACCACCAGAGACUAGCACAUCAUCACAGAGAGAUCGGCGACAUGAACGACGGGGAUCUACUCCUGUGCGAAAGGAUGUGAUCCCAUAUAAUGGUGGUGGAUCAUUGUAUGCUAUGCAGUGCCAGAAUUGGGCUUAUUCUCACUUCGCCACACAAGCAGCCAUGUAUCAAAAUUGGCCACAAGAUAGAGCAGCUCAGCAGCCAAGCCCCCUGUUGGCACUUCCGUCAGCCCCAACGACUCCCCCCAGUCCCCACGUUUUUCCAUUGAUACGGUCCAUAUUUCAGCCAGAUCAGGGUCAUUAUUUCCUGGCUAGUGAGCAAGAACACGUCCCUCUUGUGCCAGGUAUUGGCCCAUUUCUUUAUAUCUCAAACCGUUCGGUGCCUGUUCCAGUUAGGAGUAUGUCUCAAGUUUCCAUACGAGAGAUCGAAGAAAAACCUCCAGUGGAAGAGGACUGGCUUCAUGGUGAUGUAAAUUCUGGUCCCUGGAAAGCCAAGUUCCUGUCAAAUGCAUCCAGGCUUUCUCCAGUUGAUGUUGCAAAGCCACCCAUUCCACCAACCGGUCAUUCUGAGCCGAGAAUCCAGGGAAUACUGCAGGGGAAAGAAGAAGAUAGGAGCAGUGAAUUAGCAUCUAGUUCUGGAAACUCCACUCAAACCAGCCGGCCAGCUGAACAAUUUAAGUGGACUAGUCCUAGGUUUAUCAAUACCAGAUUUAGGCCUAGACCGACAAGUGCAGACGAAACAAAGUUCCGGUCAGAAACCUCACACAGCUUGGACUAUCGUCUGUCUAGUACUGGACCCCAAACUCCACCCACCCCAGGUUCUCCUGGAUUGACCAGGGGCCUUGUACCACAUUUGUCCGCAGCACCUGUGAUGGCCAGAACAGCUAGUUCUGUAUCUAUGAGUGACCCCAAACCCGAGACUUCAAACCCUCGAGUACCUACUCUGCACCCAGUGAGAAUCUCAGGUUCUGCAAGUUCAACUAGACCUUGGUUGGAAGGGAUGAAGAGCGGUGGGUGCAGGCCGUCUGCUAAUUUCAUGGCACCAGCAGUUCAUGUUCGAUCAGUUGUGCCAGUCUGUUCAGCCCCUCCUGCUAAAGCAAUGCCAGCGCCUAGCCAGGAGAAACCUCCAUCAGGGGGUGAGAAGACAACUGAAGAACCAGACGGAGAUAUUUCAGCUACAAGUUCAGAAUUUGGUAAGCUUCGAAUGUGAACCGGUUGCGUUUUUUGAUUGUUGUAGGUCCUUACAGGUUGCAGGAAUAGCUGAGCAAUGUUUAUGCUUCAGAGUUCCAUAUAAUAUAGGGAAACAGAAUGAAGAAUUUUGACUAAUAAAAGGAUUAAUUCUUUAA